UCUCGUCGUGCAUGCGCGUGUCUACGAUUCACUGAUUUGACAUUUGUUUUGUUGUCAUUUUGUCAGUUUUGUCAAAUUGUUCCCGAUCAAUGAUUGUUUUUGUUUGUGAUCAUGUUGAAAUGAGAAUAUUUAAUUAGAUUGUUCUACAAAAAUGUGUAUAAAUUGACAAUUUUAAAUAACAUAUAUACCACUUUACCCGGUUAAUAUAAUACGCUGCAUAUUGUUUGGAAGUUAUUGUUCUUUUGGCAAGGUCGAGGUACCUUGAAAAUAAGCAACAAAUCUGGAGUACCUACUGCGUUUACUAAUGCGUUCUCGAAUAGUUUUUAUUACAGUGAGUGUCAUUAUUUUGUGAUAGUGAUAGUGAAGUGAUAAUGGGGUCGACAGGAUUGACUCUGGCCGACUUGCCAAAUAUAUUUAUGAUGAUCGGCGCCCUCGUCGCUCUGUUUGUUGUAUUGGUUAUACUUCUCAGAAAUAUGGAAGUGAUUGGAGUAGUCGGCGAGGGUAGAGAUGUCGCGUGGACUCGCGCCAUGCAGCCUCCCAGGUUACUGAUGCAGAGGGUACACAUACCCUUCACCUUCAAGCUGAAGGAGGACGACCCUCUUGGGUACUCAGGGGUGAGCUGCUGCGUAUCCUCGACAGUGCGGUACUGGCACGCGAGCUGGUGGGGGGCGCCGGUCAGAGAACUCCACAGGACACUGUGGGGUUCCUUGCCAGAAAUCCUUGCUUCUAGUCACCUAAAAUUUACCAGGAGCAACUCCCACGACGAGAGACUGAUGAGGUUGUCAGCAGAGGAGCCCCUCCAACUGGGCGCUCCGCCGCGGAACUGCUACCCCCUAGUGGUGAUACUGGCCAGGGACCAGAGAGACACUGGUGAAUUAAGGCCUGAUGAUACUGUGGCGCUGGUAAGCGUGGUCCACAUAAGGGACGAUCAGUGUCCGCUACCCAGCGGAGUUAUCGCCCAGUAUUUGAAACAGGCCAACGGCCACCUAUCAUGCUUAAAGCAACUGUACGUGAGUGGCGACGCGGUGAGCGAGGCGGAGUACGAGGGUGCUGACGGGGUGGGGGAGGACGCGGAGGGGGUGUCCGCGGGACCUCUGGAGGCUCUGUGCUGCGUGUGUGCCGCGAGGCCGCUGUCACGGGCGCUGCUGCCCUGCCGGCACGCUUGUCUAUGCGCCAGAUGUUUCCCUAAACUGGACAAGUGUCCGAUAUGUCGGAGCGUGAUCACGAGUUACUUCUGCAUCCGGAACGAUGAUGAACCAAUAGGAGAGCUGAAGCAGCAGACGUUCUUCAACCGGCGGCUGCUCAAUCUGUUCCACUACCACUAGCGCUAGAUCUAGAUGAAACAUCGAUACAUAGUUCACUCAGCACUUCGAAAUAUUUCAAGUCAGUCAUAUAAAAA